AUGGCCCUGGUUCUGGUGAUGGGUAUUCCUGGUGCCGGCAAAACCACACUAUGCAAGAACCUCGAGGAACGGAUUGGGACGAGCUGCUGCGCGAUAUUCUCAUUUGACGAUAUCUUCAACGAUGAUGGCUUCAUGGAGCAUCUCUGGGGCAAGGAAUAUGCGCAUGCCGGCAUACUCCAUCUAUACGGCCUGGACAGCACCCCGUCAGCUCACAGUGAGCGCAAAAGAUGUGAAACCCGGGUACGGGAUUUCUUGAGAAAUCAGGCAUGCCGCGGAGAAUCAUCGCGGGUAACCGUGGUGGAUGAUAUAUUUUACCUGAGAAGCAUGAGACGCCCGUUCAAGAGGAUGGCCAACACAUUCCACUUAGCUUAUAUGGUUGUUCUGGUGGAUGUGCCCCUCGAUUUGGCGCUCGCACAAAAUGCACAGCGCCCGGAGCAAUACCGCAUCCCGGAACAGGUGAUCGCGAAAAUCAACAAAAACAUGGAGCUGCCAGCUGAAAAUGAGCCGAGUUUCAUCUACAGACCAGGUGAUAGCCUGGACGAAUUGGCUGCCCAAAUCCGUAAGCAACGGGAAACCGCCCUUAGCCGUCCAGUCCGGGAAACUCAGAGCACGGUGCAGCCGGCAGCAGAUGAAAAGUGGAAGAAGCUGGAACUGGAUCUGCGCAGAUGCAUCGGCGAAUUGGUCAGGGAAACGGGCGCACGUACGAAAGGCGCACUUUUGUCAGAAAUAAAAAAAGCGGUUUAUUUGGAUUUGCGCACCAAAGAUAUCCCGAACUGGGAUAUCGAUGGACUGAAGGAUAUCCUACGACAAAGGAUUUUGGAUCAUUGA